AUGUCUCAUGAUCAACAAGAAACACCUCCUGCUUGGGCCAUGGCCCUUAUUGAAAGGCUUCAGGCGUUGGAGUCUCAACAACAACAACAUCAACAACAACAACCUGGCUCAAUGGCAGACGAAUCCAUGGAUGACCAAAUCAAUGAUCCUUUCAUAUCCACUCGUUCACCCGAAACGGAUCUUCAUCUAUAUCCAGAGUUCAAAGCUGCCUUACCAGGUGUUGACCAAGACUUUUUUCGCCGUCCAUUACCAGAAGCAGAACGCAGGCGCUUUUUGGCCGAUUGUCCACGCAACUUGGCACGAGAAUACAUGCCUCCGAUUCUCAACGAUAUUCCGGUUAGCCGAGACACCAAACGCGUUGACAGCCAAUUGGCUGAUAUCCAAUUCCGUCUUUCGGGAAUCACACGGCCUUUGGAUUUAUUCCUGCAUCGGACUCUUCAACAGGGUCCCCCAUCACGUGAAGCUGUCAUUGAGUUUGUCAACGUCGUACAUGAAUUGUUGGUUGACACGGCCUCUCACAUCAGCCAACAACGGAUCAACAACAUGUAUCGACACACUCAAGGCAAAGGUCAAGCACCCCGUGUGGCACCCACGUCUUCUCCCACUCCUUUAUUGGACCCCAAAACUUUGGUGGAUCAUGUUUCAUUGGCUAAAGCAGUCUACCAAGCCGGUAACCGUAAUGGACGAUUUUCAGCAACGUUCCCGCAAUCGAGACCACAAAGGGAAAAAUCGGGAUUCAAGCCAACAAUAGGUGGCAGUCUACAACACUUCGCUGCUGCUUGGCUACAUCUCACCAACGACACUUGGCUCCAAGACGUUAUCCAACUUGGUUUCAAGAUUCCCUUUACAAGACCUCCUCCUCUUACCUCGCAAGUGGUUCAACCCACCUUUUCGCUUCAAGAACAACGUUUCAUCGAUAUGGAAAUUCAAGCUCUUCUCAACAAGAAUGCUAUCGAAUUUGUUCCAAGAGAUUCUAUUGGCUUUCGUUCCCGGCUCUUUACCAUUCCCAAGAAGACCGGAGAUCGGAGACCAGUACUCAACCUCAAACCUCUCAACCAAUUUGUGCAACACCGCCACUUCAAGAUGGAAACAAUGAAGCAAGUGUGCACGUUGAUUCGACAAGGCGAUUACCUUACAAGUAUCGACCUCACAGAUGCAUUUCUACACGUCCUCAUUCAUCCAUCUUCUCGUCGCUAUCUCCAAUUCGUAUGGAAAAAUCAACUCCUCCAAUGGCGCACUCUUCCAUUCGGGUUGGCUUUAAGCCCAUACGUAUUCACCAAGGUGCUUCGUCCAGUUCUUCGUUGGGCACGUCGCAAGGGUAUUCGGAUCACCGCUUACCUAGACGAUUUGUUGAUCAUCGCCAAGGACUACACCACUUCUCAGCUUCACACUCAAAUGGUCCAACACAAGCUUCUCGACUUGGGUUUCAACAUCAAGAUGUCAAAGUCUUCUCUAAUUCCAUCUCAGCAGCUGGAACAUCUGGGGUUUCUCAUCGACACACAAAUGAUGCAACUUCAGGUUCCGGUUGCCAAGAUUCGGGAUUUACGUCGAGAAGCUUCUCGUCUUUUGAACAAGACCACAUGUCCCAUCAAGCAAAUAGCAUCCUUCAUUGGCAAGGCACAAAGUCUUUUGAUGGCGGUAUUUCCAGCACGGCUCAAGACUCGACACCUAUUGGCGUUGAAAAAUCGUACCAUUCGUCACCUCAAGGCAUGGGACAAGGUAGUGGAGCUUCCUCUUCAAGCAAGGCAGGAACUGGAAUGGUGGCGCGACAACCUGAGGACAUGGAAUGGGAAAAGCUUUCUUCCACAACUUCCGGAAGCGGAACUUUACACAGAUGCUUCCGAUCUUGGUUGGGGCAUUGUGUCACAAAACCGCACGUGGCAAGGACAAUGGAACAUCAAGGACCAACAGCAGCACAUCAAUUGGAAGGAAUUGAUGGUCAUAUGGAAAGCGAUUCAUCUUCCCAAUUUUCAAGGCAAGUGCCUUCAGAUUUAUUGCGACAAUAUGACGACGAUUGCAUACGUGAACAAAUUUGGGGGCACUCGUUCACCGCUUUUGAUGGAUUUAGCCAACGACAUUUGGAAUUAUUGUCUCACGACCAACACACGUCUACAACUUCGCUACAUCCCAUCAGCCUUCAAUCCAGCGGACUCACCAUCUCGACGUCUACAGCAUCAAAUCGAAUGGAAGAUUGCUCCUCAAUUUUUCCAACAUUUGAACCAGCUUUGGGGACCUCAUCACGUGGAUCUAUUUGCCUCUCACCUCAAUCAUCAACUUCCCAAGUCGGCUCUACAUUUGUCCUCCGUGGAAUCUUCUUCCUCUGAUCAUACAACGGCUUCAGGAUCUACACCUACCAGCAACCUUAAUCACACCAUGGUGGCCGUCAGCAAUAUGGUUCCCCACACUUCAAGCAAUAACAACACGUCGUCCUCUCAAGAUUCCUCGCUCAGCAGUGGUGUCACCACCAGGUCUAGAAGCAAACGUCUUGCACAAGAAUCCUCAUUGGAGUUUGACGGCUUGGCACGUAAACGGCAACGCUUAACCGAUAUGGGAGCUUCUUCAGCAGCUCAACGUAUUAUCAUGAACCCGGUGUCUAUCAAGCGUCACAAGAAGUAUUCUUUCGUUCAAAAACGUUUUAUCCAAUGGUGCGAACAACAAGACCUUGACCCCUUUCAACCUUCAACAAGCAACCUCAUCAACUUUUUGGCGGCCGGUCAUCAAGAACGUCAAUGGCAACCUAAUACCAUUUUGUCGUAUCGCACGGCACUUUUACAGCUUUUUGAUGACCCAUCCAUUGUUACUCGCGAUCCUAUUUACCUGGCAUUUUGCCAAGGUGUGAACGAACAAGUCAUCAAGUCAGCUCAGCACACUCAAGUCAACAUUGAUCCCGUUUUACAACACUUUCACCAGCUGGGCUCUAAUAUGGAUAUGCCAAUGAUCGAUCUCACAGCCAAACUUUGUUGGCUACUAGGCAUUUGUGGUUUCCUUCGCCCGGCUGAUAUUGAACGUAUCGAUCUUGAUCUCUGUUCAUUUUCCGAAUCAUCUACCACUAUCACUUUGCAAAUCAAGGGCCCAAAGGAACGACGUCAUGGAUCUCGAAUCACACGUUCGGUUGUCAUCAACCAACAUCCAUCACCUCUUCUUUGUCCUGUUCGCGCUUUUCACGCCUAUCAUCAACGCAUGGCUCAUAUCCCUUGUCGCCGGACCCAUCCUGUGAUCCCUGGUGCUACUCUCAAUGCUCUCAUUCGGCGUCACAACAAUCCUCAUCACGCCAUUACCGCACAACGCAUUGGCAAGCACAUACGCAAGGUCAUGGAUCUUCUCCCUCAAUCGACCAAUGUCAAGGCUCGAGCUUUGGGUGCCACAAGAGCUCUUCAAGCAGGUGCUACGGUGGAUGAUGUCAUUUGUCAUGGUGGAUGGUCUUCACGGGAGAUCUUCGAAACCUUCUAUCGCAUCAACAAGGAGACACACUCUCAAGUUUCGGAUUUGGCUUUGGGUUCUUCGUCCACUGAGGUGUCCGAUUCUCUGGAGUCACAAUGA